UGUUAAAUUUUAUUCAAUAACGGAUAGACAGAAGCCCAGUCACGUCUCUCCACAAGUACUGUUUCCUGUUUAUCCAAGGACAAGAGCACACGCUUGUUUCAGACAGCGCAUAAGUAUUUGGCAUGGUUUAUUGCAAUAUUAGGUGGUGAGCAUAAAGGAAACCAGCUGCAGGGCAUCUCUCACAAUGAGGCUCACUGUGGUUGCAUGUAACUAUUUCAAGAAGUAUGUACAGCGAGAGAUUGCGAAAGCAACCGGUGUAACAGUUAGAAAACCUUUCCAGGGUUUUCGAGACAUUCGUAAAAAGAAAUGGUAUUAUGAUGAAAACCGACCAUGGACAUCUGCAGCCAAAGAAACUAACAUAUCUCUCAGACGUCCUCCACAUGUCGUAGUACAACCCAUAUCCAAAAAGGACUGGACACUUUUCAAAGGAGACAGGGUGGAGAUUCUAGUUGGUCGCGACAAGGGCAAGCAAGGACUCGUCAACUCCAUCAUCAAGGAGAGGAACUGGUGCUUCGUGGAGGGCCUCAACUGUUCAUACCGGUGGCUGAACAAGUCUGCAGCCAGUCCAGGGACUCUCGUGAAGGAGGAGAAACCACUCCUGGUGACCACAGAAGUUGCACUUAUUGACCCCGCUGAUGAUAAGGCGACGGACAUAGAGUGGCGGUACACGGAGGAGGGCAUCAGGGUGCGAGUCUCCACACGGACAGGGAGAGUCAUUCCUUUGUCAAAGACAGCAGAGGACGAAUCAUACGACAUGGUGCAGAUUAGUUCAUACGUUGAAACAGACAAGGACACAAAAGAUAAAGAAUUGAAGAAAAUUACCUUCAAGCCCAGAUUAUCCACAUUUGAACAGGACAUUAUGGAAAAGAUGGGGAUUAAAGAAGACAGAGAGCCAGCAAAGACAUAUUGGUAUUGAUGUGUUGGACUUGAAUAAACAUAAUUUGACUCUU